AUGUUCCCUACCUUCUCUGGAAGCUCGCGGCGGCCGCGAAAUGUAAACAUGAGCGGCCAGAAGAACCUCAACCCUUUCGCGGCCACGUCAUGGACCCCGACCAGCUCCUCGACCGCGUCCAAGACCGUCGCUGACGCCCAGGCCGAACGCAACCGCCGACAGUACGAGAGGGAGAAGCUCAAGGCUGCGCAGUCCUUACAGAAGACAUGGAGGGGCCAUGCCGCAAGACGGAGCUUGAAGGACCAAAGACGGGGGACUUUAGACGCUCUCUACAAUGACCUGUCGCAGCCCGACCCCCGGACAAGGGCAUCUGAAGCUCUCCCCCUGGUGGUUGCUGCCCUCGACCCCCGAAGACCCGACGACAGGGCGCGACUUGAACGAUUCACCCAAGAUCUCCUACACACCGACUGUUCUCUUGUCAAGUCGGAGAAAACUGCAAGCGGAUCACAAAUAAGGAGGUUAACAGGCCAGAUGCUUGUCCUUCUGCAAAGUUCUGGCUACGACCAAGUUCCGCGUUCGAACUUGGAAGUUGUAAUACAAAUUCUCUCAGCGAGAUUCGAAUCCGCUCGCGACAGUCUGGAUAGCCUCUUCGAAAUUAUCGCGAAUUAUUGUCGCAACGAGGAAAUCAGGGAUGCGGAGAGCCUUUCAUUGCUGGAGCAGGCAAUCUUGGUGCCAAUAGCGAAGGACCCUGAACGGCGUGCCUCGAAAGCGUUUGCUCUGUGCUUCCUGCCUCAGCCAAAUUUAAAGCUAUUCGAGGGCAAUGUUGGCGCUUUUGCAGAGCGGAUCGACUUAGAGAAGGUGUCAGCUGGCAUUGUGGAAGCUUAUGCCGCGGGGUGGGCCUCCACACAGCAGACAGACGCACGACUAUGGCUUUUGGCCCAUUUCAUUGCCCUGGGAAAUUCCACAGGAGACUCUGCACUCGGGCCCUCGUACUUACAUGCAUUGUACAUCCAGCUCUCAAGUCUGCACCUUGACCUGAAGAAGUACCAUAUUGGUCACGCAACGACGGACUCUGGCAUUGCCAAGAAACGCCUCCCACCGUUCAUAGAAAGAGCCAUUCAGUCCCUGGUUGAAAAAGACGAAAUCACCCACGUUUUGGAAAGGUUCACCACUAACUUCGCCGGAUCCUCUCAAGAGGAAUCCGAUGAGGCGAGCCUGCUUGCGGCAUACAUCCUCACCUUGAUUCGAUGUUUCCCAGCUCUCAGCGACGACAUCCGCAUGAGGUUGUAUCUCGCCGACAUACCCACGUACCCGAAUUCGGUCAAAUUCUUCUGGAAUGCAAUGGCCCGUACGAAGGGGAGAGAGUCUAAGCAGCUCACUCCUAUCAAGGGUGACGCAGCGUGGGAUCGCGAAUGGAGGACCAUACUGCUUUUCCUCGAACUCUACGUUUUUGUUCUGCGACUGACAGACGAUGAAGAUUUCUUUUCCCCACUUGUCUCAGCAAAUGUACAACCCCUCGAGGUGUCCCGUUUGCGACAAUGUAUGCUUGACUUGGAGGAGCUCAAAAGUUUGACAUUGUUCUUGCGGAAUCUUGCCUUCACACUGUAUUACCACGCAAACGACCUGCGGCAGCAUGCAUCGAGACACGCCUCGCGCUCGAACAGGACUGUGCAAGGUGUGUUCGGCUCCCAAGAGAAGGCUCCGCAGGAGACGAGCACAACACAAGAGACGUACAGCGUCGUCUCGGGUGUGGACUUUGAUACCUUCCGGGGUACCGUAACACAGGCUAUGCGCAUGGUCUAUGAGCGGGAUUCUCGACGGGGCUUCCUGCCUCGUGACCACUGGCUCAUGACUUCCAGAUUUGAUAUGGAGGGCUUCAAGUCUGCCGUCGUGGCCGAAGAUCAGAGGCAGCGGGAGCUUCAGGAUGCCGAAAGUGAUGAUGAAGAUAUCAAAUUCGACGACGAGAGCGACAGUGAUGAACAGGAUGCAUAUAUCACUUCAGCUUACACGACACAGGCCGCUCGCAACGCGCGUCUGGAGAGGAUGAGGGCAGCCCACAAACACGAGCAGCGGAAGUUACAGGCUGCGACUGUUGCGCCCAAACUCGAAAUACUACGCAACAUGCCGUUUGUCAUACCUUUCGACACGAGAGUCAAGAUUUUCCGCGAGUUUGUGCAUCUUGACAAGAUCAGACGGAGAGAUGGCCAUGUCGAAGCAGAUCAGUGGCGCAUGAGUCUGAUGAAUACGAUACGUGAGCCACAAAGAGCUCGAGAAGUUCUUGGACGGCAUAAUGCCAAAGUACGCCGGGGGCGGGUAUUUGAAGAUGCAUUUGAGCAGUUCUAUGAGCUACAGGACGGCCUGAAGGAACCGAUUCAGAUUACAUUUGUUGACCAGUUCGACAUACCCGAGGCGGGCAUCGAUGGCGGGGGUGUGACCAAGGAAUUCCUCAUGAGCGCUACUACAGAAGCCUUCACAGACGACCAUGGGCUGUUCGUCGCCAACAGCCAAAACUCACUCUACCCCAACCCAUGCGCCAUCGACCAGCGGCAAAACAAGCUUCGGGAAACACGACUGGCCCCCGAUUCGCAGGAAUGGAGGGAUGCUAUGUCAAAUCUCCUAGAGCAGUACGAAUUCCUCGGGCGCAUAAUAGGCAAGUGCUUGUACGAGGGCAUCCUGAUCGACGUCGUCUUUGCCGGCUUCUUCCUGCUCAAGUGGGCAUCAUCGGGUUCUGACACGGGAUACCGGGCAAACAUCAACGACUUGAGAGAGCUUGACCAGGACCUCUACGCGAGCAUGAUGAAGCUCAAGAACUACCCCGGCGAUGUGUCCGAGCUUGGACUAGACUUCACGAUCGACGACCAAAUUUCCAUGCCGGACGAGCCUGUUCGCAUAGCGACCCGCAAGCUGGCGCCUGACGGCGACAAGAUGACCGUCACUAAUGAAAACAAACUCCUAUACAUUAAUUACGUAGCGCGGCACCGCCUGGUCGCGCAACCUUUGCGGGUCACCCGGGCGUUCCUUGCUGGUCUGGGCGCCAUCAUCGAGCCAGCGUGGCUCAGCAUGUUCAACCAGUCGGAGCUCCAGCGGCUUGUGGGCGGCGACUCGACCGAGAUCGACCUGGAGGACCUGCGGCGCCACACGGUGUACUCGGGGCUGUACCAGAUCGGCGACGACGGCGAGGAGCACCCGGUGAUCAAGAUGUUCUGGGAGCUGCUGCACCGGCUCCCCGACCGCAACCGGCGCGCGGUGCUCAAGUACGUGACGUCGACGCCGCGGGCGCCGCUGCUGGGGUUCGGGCAGCUGAGGCCCGCGUUCAGCAUCCGCGACGGCGUCGGACCCGACGCGGCUGCCGAGCGCGAGCACGUGCGUGAAUCUGCUUAA